ACAAACGGUUGUACAGAGAACGUCACGUGACUGUCUGUUUUAUCGUCAACUUAGAUCACGUGAGGGUGCGAUCUGACUGUGUCCAAAAAUUCUCUCGUCUUUCUUUCUCUCUUCCAUUCCGGUUGGUUAAACUGUUACGAAACGACGUAGCAUUCCAUUCGAUUUGUGUGUUUGUUUCAGAUCCUCGGAAUCUGAAUGGCGUCAAGGAAUCGCACUUUGCUUUUCCGUAAGUAUAGAGAUGCAUUGAAGAGUGUUCGUGCUCCGUCAACCUCUUCGCCACCGUCCACCUCUUCCGCCGGUGGUCCCGUCAUCGAAUUGGUCAGCACAUCGCUUCUCAAUCCCAAUCGCUCUUACGCUCCGCUUAGUACCGAAGAUCCCGGUAAUUCAAGUAAGGGUCCAAAUGCAAUUACUGUGGGGCUACCUCCAGCGUGGGUGGAUGUAUCUGAAGAAAUAUCAGCAAAUGUGCAACGUGCACGCAAAAAAAUGGCAGAGUUGUCCAAGGCUCAUGCGAAGGCUUUAAUGCCAUCGUUUGGAGAUGGUAAGGAUGACCAACAUGCUAUUGAGUCUCUAACACAUGAGGUAACUGACUUGAUAAAGAGAUCAGAGAAGAGGCUGCGGAGACUUGCUGCUUCAGGGCCCUCUGAGGAUUCCAAUGUCAGGAAAAAUGUGCAGCGUUCUCUUGCCACUGACCUUCAGAACCUAUCUGUAGAGCUUCGCAAGAAACAGUCAACUUAUUUGAAGCGCCUCAGACAGCAAAAAGAGGGUCAAGAUGGGGUUGAUCUAGAGAUCAACAUGAAUGGAAGUAAAUCUAGAUUUGAAGAUGAUGACUUGGAUAAUAUGAUAUUUAACGAGCAUCAGAUGGCCAAGCUAAAAAAAAGCGAAGCUUUCACAGUUGAAAGAGAAAAAGAGAUCCAACAGGUUGUGGAAUCCGUUAACGAGCUUGCUCAGAUUAUGAAGGAUUUAUCAGUACUAGUCAUAGACCAGGGAACCAUUGUUGAUAGAAUAGACUACAACAUUCAAAAUGUAGCAACCACAGUUGAGGAUGGCCUUAAACAACUACAGAAGGUCCUUCUUCUCUUCAUAGUCUACUAUUUUGGCAGAGAGAUCUCAGAAAAAGGGGGGCAUGGUAAUGUGUGCUUCGGUGCUUCUUAUCAUGUGCUUUGUUAUGUUGGUUUUCUUAGUCAUAAAGGAAAUUAUUUGGUGAUUCGUGGCGAUAUUUCAUAUCAUAUUCUUUAUAAUAUUGGUCACCUUUGAUUAGUUGUGGCCUUUCCAUUCACAUACCGUCUCUUGCCUGCUCUGACAUAGUACAGCAGCAGCCUGUCUUAGAGAAGACCAUGGAGUUUUGGAGUAGCUGCAGCCACUACACAUGGCUUGGCUACAGUGGCUGAAGAGACAAUAUUAAUUCUCGUACAAUAUUUUUUGUUUUGCCACAGAGGAGGUAGCGCGGAGUAGGUGUGUUAGAAGAAAAAGAGCUUUUCUAGGUUGGUGUGAUUACAGUAGGAAAUGAUACAUAAAGCCAGAAAAUGUAAAGCCGACAGUUGUAUGAACCUCUACUUAAACAUUCUUUGCGGAACUUGGGGAAGUUCUUUUCAUGCUAUUUUUUGCUACAUUUUUAUAUUUUUUCCCCUCGUGCAAUUGCACUUAGGGGGGGAUUAGAAUUCUGUUUGCAUAAAAAUAUUCAUGCAAUAAAAACGGAGGUUAUGGGGGAACAUUAUCAUCAUCA